GAUUCGGACUGCGUGACUGGUUUCAUCACGAAGUACGCUGCCAGCAAGGUUCAGGAUUACUUGAUGGGGCUGGCGAGGGCCCAGCUGCUUUCCACCUUGGACGGCAGGCCCACCACGGAGGGCGAGCCGAAGGAGAACUCGUGCCUGAGGGUUGCGCCAGAUGGCAAGCUUCCGAGCCCCAGCGAGGACCGCAGCUGCGACCCUGCUGGCGGGGACGGCGCCGCCCCCGAGGUCAAGCGCCGCUGCAUCAUCCGGCGCGAGGUGGGGCCCACCAGGCUGCGCAUGCGGGGCAAA